UGUUGUAAAGCUGACCCGUAGAUGAAACUGUAGUGAGCUGGUUGCGUUAUUAUUAAAGUUCUAAACUGUUAAAGUGGCUGAAGCUAAGUAAACAUGGAAAAUGUGGGGGACAAGCAUUUUUGCGAAGAUCCUUUCAGAUUUGCAUCCAGGGAUAAUGCAUUUUGAGGAUGGAAUACUCAUUAAAGAUUACAUUCGGAUAAUGGCAUACAUGAUUGUUCUGUGUUUUACACUGGCCAUUUCACUGUCAUUCUGGAUUCUGUCCAUAACUGCAAGCACAUACUAUGGUACAUUGCAACCAGUUUCACCAUGGCGAUGGCUGUUUUCAGUGCUCAUCCCUCUUAUGAUCACCUUCCAAGCCUUUAAAAAGAAGAGUCUGGAUCAUAGUGGUGCUGUUGGAGCAAUGCUGGUCGGCUUCAUUCUGACUAUGGCCAACACCAGCUUUUUUGCAACUUUGUUAACAUUUUUUGUCACAUCCAGCAAACUGACAAAAUGGAAAGGGGAAAUUAAGAAACAAAUCGACCCUGAAUACAAAGAAGGAGGCCAAAGGAACUGGUUGCAAGUGUUGUGUAAUGGGGGAGUUCCCACAGAACUGGCUCUUCUCUAUAUGAUUGAGGCUGGUCCUGGGGAAAUACCUGUAGACUUUGGCAAACAAUAUUCUGCUUCAUGGAUGUGCUUAUCACUUUUGGGAGCCCUUGCUUGCAGCACAGGGGACACCUGGGCUUCAGAAGUGGGUCCUGUGCUUAGUAAGAGCAAACCCAAGCUCAUCACCACCUGGAAAGAUGUCCCAGCAGGUACAAAUGGAGGUGUGACGGCUGUUGGUCUACUGGCUAGUUUAUUGGGUGGAGCAGCAGCGGGUGGAGCAUAUUUCUUCACCCAGUUGUUGCUGGUUAAAGAGCUGAAUUUGGCAGUUCCGCAGUGGCCGAUUAUCUUGUAUGGAGCCAUAGCAGGUCUGCUUGGAUCAGUGCUGGACUCGUUCCUGGGUGCCACCAUGCAAUUUUCAGGAUACGAUGAAACCAUCAGGAAAGUUGUGAGUCAUGAGUCACCCGAUGUCAAGAGAAUAAGUGGGAAACCCAUUCUGGAUAACAAUGGAGUGAAUCUUUUCUCUUCCAUCCUCAUAGCUCUGUUCUUACCUGGGUUUGCUUGGGUAUUCUGGCCUAGGCAAUGAAUUGUGAGGUUUUAUUGUUUAAGAUUUAUUUCCAAAUUAUGCUUAAACAACCCAGUUUCUUUAUUUUUAGACAAAGUCUACAAGUUAAUCAUAAUAUGUGUUUCUAUGAGCUCAAGAUGAUGUAAAAAUGUAGUACUACAUUUCUCCAAUACAGACAUUAGAUGGCAAAUUGUAUUUGAGCAUAAUCAAGGUUCUACACUAAGGAUUGUUAUACUGACCCGGACAGCCAGUGAUCCAAAUGUUUCCUUGGCCUGCCAAAAUUUUCACUGACCUCUACCAUAAUAAAUACAUAAUUGUGAAAUUAAUAAAUAACAUUGUCUAGUAA